AUGUCUGGUGAAAUAAAUACUUUGAGACAAGUACCAUGUAACAACCUAAACUUGAGCUGAGUGGUGGGGGAAUGGAUGUGCAACCCUGCUCUUGCAAGAAAACAAAACCCCACACUGAUGUCUCUAUCAUAAGGCCUCAGCACUGGCUGCUCUUUUUUAAAUGUUUAAGGAGUGCUUGUCCCCUCAUAAUGACAGUUCUUUGUUCUGAGUUUUCCUCUGAAAUACUUGCCAUUGCUUUCUUCUGCAUCCUGAGUGUGCUGAUGCUCUUUGCCCAGCUGAUCCAGUGCAAUGGCCCAGCAGAGCAUCCUAAAGCUAGCCCUGCAUGGAGGUGGGGUGGUCAAAUGUGGUUUUACCAGCAGUAAAACUGCUCAGAACCAGUCCCAAGGCCAUGCCCUCCUUCCUAGAAAGCAAAUUUUCUAAAAGGAUGGGCCCAUCCUUCGAGCUUGUUGUUUACCAGUUAUUAUGGCUACUGUUUAAAACGCUUGCUCUUGCAGUGGAGCUUCAGCUACCAGAGUAUCAAAAGCUGUAGUGUAUUGCCACACAGAUGAAGAGACAGUGACACCCCUGCCCCCAUCCAUGCUGGCUGAGUUAAUACAUUUGUUUUCCUAAACUGCAGCAGUGUUCAAAACUGAUAAGACAGGGAGUUCUGUGGGACCAUUCAGCGACCUGCUGUCCAUUGCUGAGAGGACGUGAUGCUUAACUGCUGCCAAAAUCUGAGUCCUUCCCACAUCUUAUGCAUAAAGGCAUAUGUUUGGAGGUGGUUUCAGAAAGGGAUAACAACACGAUUAGGUUUUUAACUUCCUCUUGUUUUGUUUCUCUGUGCAUCUGUAUUUCAGUUUUCAGGCUGUGUCCAACUCUAUGCAAAACUAGCAAAUCAACUGAGGCACCUACUGAUAAGGAUCAGCCUUGGUAAAGAAACACACUGUGGUAGUUAAAGGGCAUUUCUAGGUGGCAGAGACACGGUGAAGCUCUGUGUGGGGCAAGGAAAGCUGAUGGGGAAGCCUUGCGUGUAACCCAGGAUGGACUGGCUGUGACGGUGUGCCUUAGCUGGAGAGGUAGUUACGAUGAAGAGUUCCUGCAGAGCUGGCCUCCACAGGGAACCGCUAAAUUCCACAUCUUCCACUUUCCAUCAAGUCAAACGGCUCGCUGUUCAAGUGGAGAGCGCCGCUUCAGCAGUCCGAUAACUUCUGUUUACCUUCAAAGCCCACAAAAAUCCUCGCUUGAUCUCUGAUGCAGGAGGUGGUUUUGCAGGUGCUGGGAGGUGGGUCAGGAGCGGUUGCUUUAAUAUGAAGUUACUGCUGCAAGGGAGUGGGUUUUCUAGAAAUUGGAUGCCUCCGCAGCUGCUGAAGGCAAACCCGCCCCUGAUCUGGAGCAUCGUGCUUCCCAACCUGCUUUUCCCCAAGCUUGGACACUUGCCACAUGCCAGAACAAGCUCCACUGAGUAGCAGAGUGUCUUCCAUCCCGGCUGCUCUGGCUGGGAUUUUCCCGCCCUGGCAGGAUCCGUGGAAUGCCUUUGGAGCAGCUCUGUCUGCUUUGCCUUGCCCUGGCAGUGCGAAGGGGAUGGAAAUGGUGCUGGAGACUGAGCCCAAAGGACCCACCAAGUUCUUCCAGAAAUAACAAGGGGUUGACCAUAGCUUAACUUGCAUUCAGUACUCAGUCCUUCAUAAUUGUCAGUGUCCUUUAGAGAGGAGCAAAGCUCUAUAGACAGAGAAAUGGGAUGCCAGGGAAGAGAAAUGCCUUGCCAGAGGUUUGCUUGCUGUGGGUUUUAUUGUAGUUAGGUUUUUUCUUUCUUUUUUUUUUGUUUUUGGCUCCUGCCUUGUGUUGGUAUGUCCUGAGGGUUUUUUCAGAGUUGUAGUUGGCACUGCAUGUGCAGUCAACAAUGCUAGGAACUUUUGUCAACUGGGGUUAAGUGUUUACAAGAAGAAAUCCACAGGAAACUUUGGGGUUUUGACUGAAAUUUUCACCUUAAAACCUUCCGGUGCUUUGCCCAGAAAACUUGCAGUGUGAUUAUGUUGUUUGAGCAGAUCGCACGUUGUUGUUGUUCUUGCUGGCCAGAGGAAAUCUGUUGGCUUCGUGGGGCAUUGUGAGAGUCCCUGACCCAGGUGCAGUGAGGGGCAGUUGGGCUCUCUGGAUCUCAGAAAGGAGCAGUGAAAACUGAGCCUGUUCUACCAGUUUUACCUCCAACUUUGGAGCUGCCGUUAGAGCAAAUAUAUUAUUUUUUCAGGCUGCUGUGAUUUAGAAGAUACGUAAAAAAGGAUGCAGAAAGAUUCUGACCAGCUUGGUGUGGCAGCUUAUGGGUUUUCCCUUCAGUAGAGAGAGGAGGGGUGCGUGCGUGCCUGGGCAUGUAUAAAGGCAUAUAUUUCCAUAUCAAUCCGUUGUAGUAACUAACGUGAUAAAACUGUAGUGGAAACAAGCUGUAGUUACAACCUGUAAAAACAGCAGUGUCAUUCCACAAGUGUAAGUAUCCUGUUUUUCAGAUGCAGCUGAUGAGAAAUAGAAAAACUGGCCCUUUUAUUUCAUCAUCCUAAGGAUGGAAUAACAGUAUAAAGACAGCAGAGCUAGUUGUUUCAGUGCUGAUCGUUCCUGGCAGAAUUAUCAGCAGUUCAAAAUGGCACAUUUAGGAUUGAAAAACCUUUUAUGCUUACUCCAUGAAUUUCUGAAGAGUAAUCUCUCAAAAUGAAAUUGGAAAGCUUGAUGACUUAAAGGGUGGAGGGGAACAAACAGAAUUAUUCUGGAAUUAAGUAUCAUAGGGAAUUGUCAGUGAGUUCACCUUUUAACAGCUACUUUUUGUGUGUUUAAAUAUUUAAAAACUUAACUUCAGCUGCCGCAAUUCUCUGCUUGCCAGCACUGAAAUGUUGUAGAAAAAAGGUAUUCUGUGGGUGAGGGCUGGGCUCUGGUUCAUCUUCAAAGAAACUUCUGCUGGGAAGCCUUGUUCUAAUUCUGGGAGCUAGAAAUGAAAUGUGCUGCUGCUGUGUGAGGAAGAAGCUCUGUUUGCCUCAGUUUGUUGUUCUUAAUGCUCACCACAAAGGGUGUGGGAGUGGGGGCUUGUAUUUUCCAAGUGACACCUUCAGGUAAGGUUUGUUACUAACUCUUCUAAAAUGGAAGUUAAGUUCUCUUCCCCACUGCCUGAAAACUGGGAGGCAGAUGGCACUGUGUGAUUCAGCUGGUCAGGUGGAGUUAGCAGUACUCUUUAUAGCUGUCUGGAGUUAUUAAAUGAAGGUUUUCUUUAAAUCUGGAUCCAUUAAAACAGUGCAAUGAACUGAAUGCUGAAUUCAAAUGAGGCAAUUAUUCUGGCAGUAAAACUUCUGACUAAGGCAUAAUUUUGUUAUGUAAAUUAUAACUUUUCAACCUUAAAUGGUAUUGUUGGCUGAGCCAGGGACUAACUGAAACACAGGAGGAAAUAUAACCUUAAAUGAGAAAUCUGUAAUAGGUGAGGCAUAACUCUGCCCUUUUGUCUUUUUCCAUAGACCAGAAAUAGCUGGGAGCAGCUGAACCAACUUUGCUGGCUAAACGUGUCCUCUAAGCAUGUUGGGGUAACCAGUUUGGUCCUGUUUUCAUUCGUAUAAAACCUGGUCUCACGUUUGUUUUGCAUCUUCUUUUAAUGAAGGGUGUUGAACCGAUUGUCCUGCUCGAUUCCUGAAAACUGCUUGAAGAAAGCCUUUUAAAAACACGUUCAGCUCAUCUUUCUAACACCCUGGCAUGAAAACUCAUGAAUUGAAUUUGAUCUUCUGUUUCUAGCUCAUGAGACUGAACGUGCGGAGUCGUGUAUUUAAUUGUAUUCACCUCUUCUCCCCAGGGUACGGUGGUGGGCAGCCAUCAGAGCUUUUCUUUCUCUAGUCUGAAAAACCCAGCUCCAAAAUGCCCUUCUGGGUGGAGAAUGCAGGGCCGCAGGCACCGUUCUCUGCAGCGGCUUGCUGCAGUGGUUCACCUGCUGCUCUGGCCCGAGCACAUCGGUGGCCUGACCCUGCUUAGCUGUAAAGUGCAACCGAAAUGAGGCAGACCCUAUGGAAAACGAAGCUGGAACAAACUACAGCAGCACUGAUUCCCCAUUCUCCCUUUUCAUCUGUUUCAGCACCCUGAAGUUCUAUUUUUAUCAGAUUAUUUCAGUUUUUAGCAUCCAACUGAGAAGGCAAACAAAACAACUCGGUUGCGUUUUGCAGAGGAGACUGAAUUGGGAGGUGACCCAAUUCCAACAAGAGCUGGAAGUGGCAUGCAGAAGGCAUGGGGAGAGAUCUAACCCAGGGACUAGAUCGGGGUAUCUGCAGUAAUGAGGACUCACAUCGUCACAGGCUGUAGGUGAACUGCAGAUGGUUUUGGCACUGGUUGCAAGAGUGAGGUAAUGAUCUUCCUAUGCAAUUGGGAGGGGAGAGAACAUAACGGCAUCCCUUUCCAGUGACUGCCUCCUGGCCUUCAAAGCACUGCAUGGACCAGAGGGGUCCCCUAGGUUUUAUGCACGCUCCUAGGAAGGUGAACCAAGCCCUUCCUCUUGAUGUACCUCGCCAAAUCCUCUACCAGCACUUGUCACCCAUCCCCUCACUUCUUAUCGCUAGGGCCAGGAGGAGGAAGCAAAACCUCAGGGGUAAGCAGUGGUUAAGCAGCAUGGCCGCUUCUGGUGCAGAAGAGGUGCAGGUGGUGCCUGGCUGAGUUGUUGCCCUUGUGUGCUUGUGUGUGUUGUGUUAGCAGCUGGAAGUGGAGCAUCUUGCUUUCAGAGCCUUCCCUUGGCUGGCUGUGGUGCUCUCUGGCUCAGCUCUCCGUUCUGCCAGCCGUUACUGUGGACAGUCUGCAGCCCUGGCUAUCCCGUGGGGCAGGGCUGCCCAGAAGGUCCCCGAGCUGUGCUCCAGGUUGCUCCUACGGCAUGUCCAUGUGUGUUCUAGGGUUUCUGGUAUGCACUUAAAGCCAUAUCUGAAGUUACAGAAGAAAGAGCGAUCUCCAGAAAUAAGCCAGGAUUCUCUGAGAGGCUCACCUGUGAGCCAUCAGAGACCAGCACAAGAAGAAAAAUAUACCAACUGCACCAAACUGAGCGUUUUCCCAAAACCCUCCUUUGUGACUCCAUCUCAAAAGCUUCUGGGGAUUAUUUAUCCAAAUACUAUGUGCAAUAUGAAUGGGAAAGGCCCAGCGGAUGGUCCAAGUGCAAGGGAAAAGAAGAAUGCCCUCUCUGCAACCAUCCACCAGGGAGAAGAAGAAGGACCGCUGGAUGUCUGGGCUGUAGUGAAACCUGGCAAUACGAAGGAGAAGAUUGCGUUCUUUGCAGCCCAGCAAUGCAGCAACAACAACCGGCUAGGCUCUGUGAAAAUCAAAAGCACGUGGGAUAUUGACGGAAGAACAGCUAAACGCAGGAAAAAAUCAGUAGAUCUUAAAAAAGCCAAAAUUCAGCUGGAAAGAAUGAGGGAGGCAAAUGCCAGGUGCUCCCAGCCAGAGCCUUUCGCCUGCGGCAUCGAGCACUGUUCGGUGCAUUACGUGAAUGACAGCGGUGAGGGUGUGUUCCCAGGCCGGUCCCUCUCGGUGAUAGAGAUGGUAGCCUUUCUGGAGCAGCGAGCAAGUGCUUUAUUGGUAGACUGUGCUAAAACCUGCAUGCCUGCUUCUGCUACGAGGCUGAGCGCUCAGCCUAAAGGUGCGCUUCCCAGCUCAGACCUUUUCUCCUCUGCCGGGGCCUGCGAGGUCCAUGUGGAGAGGGGACCUUGCAGCAAUAGCGAGCAGCAGCAGAGCGAGCCUGUGCGUGUGCUGGACAUGGUGGCCAAGCUGGAGUCAGAGUGCCUGAGGCAGCAGAGCGAGAGGGAGGCUGGGAGCCUCUCGCGGAACAACAGCUUCCGCAGAAAUGUCGGGAGGGUGCUCCUGGCGAGCGGCACCCAGCCCGAGGGCGAGGUGGGGAAGGUCUCCUCGGGGGUCCUGGCUCAGGGGGAUGGCUUGGAGGAGGCAGGGGUAGCAGAAGCUGGGUAUGGAGGGUGUUGUGGUCCUCUGGGUGACACAGAGUUGUGGGAUGGUGCUGCCUCUGCUCAGCAGCCUUUUCCUUCUGGGCUGGAUACUCAGAUGGGGAAUGUGAAUUCGGGACUUGCUCAUACAGCAUUGGCUGUAGCUGCUGGCAGGAGUGAUUCUGAAACGCGGAUCGAGCCUCCCAGACCCCUGCUGUCUGCAUGUCCAGCUGCUGCCAGGUUGCUGCCGGAUUCCUUGCGGAGCAAGAACGCGACUCUUGAUUGCAUAGCGAAAGAGCCUGUAAUUUUCCCAAAGCAAAGUCUGCAUCCUGCUAGGAAGGAGCCCUUAUGCAUCAGUAUAUCGGUCACCAAGACUGAGAAGGGAUGCAGGAAAGAGAAGCUCUCCAACUCCAGUGCUAGUGAAGAUCCGCUCCCAGGGAGGCUGUUCUUCCUCCAGGCUGACCAGCCUGCUGCUCAUGAGCAACAGCCACUACGGGAAAGUACCCAAGAAAAGCCAGGAGAAGUAGUCCAAAAUGAGGAUGAGGAUGCCUUGGCAUCUGACAGGUCGUGUGUCAGAAGCGGUGUCCCUACAGAGCCAUCUGCCCUUCCUGUUCCUCCGACAGAAGGGGCUUUGCAAGUACUUGAUGCUUCCUGCUUAAAAAGGCAGGUUUCGCAUGACUUUCUGGAGACCAGGUUUAAAAUCCAGCAGCUGUUGGAGCCUCAGCAGUAUAUGGCCUUCUUGCCUCACCACAUCAUAGUGAAGAUCUUUGGAUUGCUUCCUACUAGGAGUCUGGUUGCCCUCAAAUGCACUUGCUACUACUUCAAAUUCAUCAUUGAAUACUACAACAUCAGGCCAGCAGACUCCCGCUGGGUCCGUGAUUCCCGCUACAGAGAGGACCCUUGCAAGCAGUGCAAGAAGAAGUACGUGAAAGGGGACGUAUCGCUGUGCCGGUGGCAUCCCAAACCAUACUGCCAGGCUUUACCCUAUGGGCCCGGGUACUGGAUGUGCUGUCACCGGUCUCAGAAGGGCAUCCCAGGCUGUAAGUUGGGUCUUCAUGACAAUCAUUGGGUUCCUGCCUGCCACAGCUUUAACCGUGCUAUUCAUAAGAAAACCAGAGGAGCGGGAGCUGAAGUGGAAGAGGAGUAUUAGUGCACAUACACUUUCCUGCAAGAUUGUUUGGGGUAGGAGGAGAUUCUCAUGCCUUGUGCUGUUUACAGUGUAUAUAAUUGUUGUGUGUUUUUUCACAGGGCUAUGAAACUGCACAUACUUAAACACAAGAGCCUUUACCUUUUAGAUUAAAGAUAGCUUUUAGUCCAUCUAUGUAAAUAACACUAUAAAAACUAAUUGUACAUACAGAGUCUACAGCUGGCUGAACAAUGUAAUCACUACAAUGCAGCUAUGAUAGUGUUGCGGCUAUAGUUGUGUGUGGUUUUAAGUGUCUUGUUUCAAAAUCUGUAUAUCCUGUAUAAUAUAUGAAUGUUUCUGAGAAGAAACUCUAAAUAGGUAAAGGUCAACUUGUUUAAAGAAUCUGCAGACAACUUAACUGGACAACCCUAAAGUUAGACUAGAACAGGUCCAUUAUAGUAGUGUGGCAGUGGAUUUAAAAAAAAAAAAAAAGAGGAAUAUUAUUGUAUAGUCAGAGUAUAAAAAGUUCUUGUCUACCUUACCCGUGCUCUGUUUCUUUUGUUGUUCGUGGUUUUUUUUUUACAUAAAUAAAAUGUGCAUUCCUAGA